GUUGUAAUAACUCAUCUGUCUCAUGUCUCACAUAAAGUAUAGAUCCCUAAUGUCUCACUUCUAGCUCUCGUCCACACAUAAUGGUGUGUCAAUGCAUCAUCCAAUUUGUCUUCACCAAUUCUCAUGAUAUGGUCCUAUCCUUUUAUUAAAUAGUAUAUGGGAGAGCUAGGAUGCCAUUUUGAAGUUUACCGCAAUGAUGAACUUACAGUAGAGGAGCUCAAAAGCAAAAAUCCAAGAGGAGUUCUGAUUUCUCCUGGUCCUGGUACAUGUUUUAGCCUCAGACAGCGGUGCGUACCCCCACAAGACUCUGGGAUUUCCUUACAAACUGUUUUGGAACUCGGACCACAUGUUCCUCUAUUUGGAGUAUGUAUGGGUUUGCAGUGUAUUGGAGAAGCGUUUGGAGGGAAGAUCAUGCGGUCACCAUUUGGUGUUAUGCAUGGGAAAAGCUCCAUGGUUCACUAUGAUGAGAAAGGCGAAGAAGGCUUGUUCUCUGGUUUAUCCAAAGGUUACUGCAUGGACAGAAAUGGUUUGGUUAUGGCGGCAAGACACAAGAAGCACAAGCACAUACAGGGAGUACAGUUUCAUCCGGAGAGUAUUAUAACCACUGAAGGCAUGACAAUUGUUCGCAAUUUCAUCAAACUUGUAGAGAAAAAAGAGGCUGAGAAGUUGGAUUAG